AUGCGGCUCAUCAUACUUUUGAGUGUUUUGGUCGGUGUAUGGUCAGCACCCGUCGAUGUACAUCCACAAUGUGCUGCUUGUCAGAUGUUUUCCAUCGCGUUGGCGAAGAACAGCUUGAAAGGGAACGGAAUCGCUGAAACUCCACUGCAUGUCUGCUCGAAGUUGCCUCACUGCACGGAAACGCUCACGCAUUGCCAGAUAGUGAAUUCACUAAUGGCCGUUCCGCAUGCCAACAUUUCCUCAGAAAUGGCUCAUCGAUUUGCACGAGUACAGUCUCACCUCCAAUCAGUUGUAGAACUCUGUGAAAAAAGU